AUUCAUGCAUGUAGUAUAACUGUGCAUAUAAACAAGAAAGCUAUGGAAAUCAACAAAAUUUAAAAGUUUGAAGAAUUCUGUUAAUAACAUUGAAAUAUUUAUUUGCUUGGUCCAAUUCGUAUUUGUCGCUAAGCAAGAUUCAGAGGUUACAUGGAUCAAAAAGGUUAAAAAAUUGUACAAUUUGAAAUCUUUGACACUCGAAGAAUAUAAAUUUACAUAUAUCUAUGUGGUAAAAUUAAAAACCAGAAAAUGAGUGAGGAAAAUAUAGGAAAAUCUACCAUAGAUAUGGAAACAACUCCAUCAAAAAAGCCCUGUUGUAUUAUUGUUUUGGGAAUGGCUGGAUCUGGUAAGACGUCUUUUGUUAAAAGAUUGGUUUCGGAUCUGUUUCAAACAAAUAAGCCUUACGUUAUAAACUUGGAUCCAGCUUGUUUGGAGGUGCCUUAUCCUGUUAAUAUUGAUAUUCGAGAUACUGUUAAUUAUAAAGAAGUAAUGAAACAAUAUUGUUUGGGUCCAAAUGGUGGCAUAGUGACAGCAUUAAAUUUGUUUUCAACGAAAUUUGAUCAAGUAGUAAAACUUAUCGACAAUGCAGGAAAAGAACAUGAAUACGUAAUUUUAGAUACACCUGGACAAAUUGAAGUAUUUACUUGGUCAGCCAGUGGUUCAAUUAUAACAGAAUUAUUAGCAUCCUCUUUUCCAACUAUCGUUGUCUAUGUAAUGGAUACAGUCAGAAGUUACAAACCAGUAACAUUUAUGUCAAAUAUGCUUUAUGCAUGUUCGAUACUCUAUAAAACAAAAUUGCCAUUCGUAGUAGUGAUGAAUAAGAUCGACAUUAUUUCAAACUCAUACGCAAUAGAGUGGAUGACGGACUUUGAAGCCUUUGAGCAAGCAUUAGAAUCACAAACUAGUUAUAUUAGUAAUUUAACUCGCAGUAUGGCUCUUGCAUUAGAUGAAUUUUAUUGCAAUUUACGAUGUUGUGGUGUGUCUGCUAUUGUUGGAACAGGAAUUGAUGAAUUCCUUAAACUAGUUAAAGAAGCAGAAAUAGAGUACACAACAAACUACAAAAUUGAACUGGAAAAAUUACACAAGAAUCAAGCAAAAAAGAUUGCAGAGGAAAAGGAAGAGAAACUUAAGAAUGCAAUGAAAAAUGUUAUUGGGGAAUCUGUACCACUUGUGUCGACAGUUAAUAUUGGGAGGGAAGUUUCUGAUAUAUAUUUAAAACAUCCUGGAAAUGAGUCAAGUGAUGAUGAAGGAGAAGAGGAAACAAUUCAAGAUCAUGUUGAGCAAAAAGAAAUGGCGGAAGAUUCAACUUUUCACAGUUUUAUUAAAAAUUAUCAAAAAAGUCAAGAUGAAAAAAAACGUGAAUCAAUGCCUGGUACAAGCAAAGGAAAAUAAAUUUCGUGACAAAAAAAGUGCAGAUUGUAUUUCUAUUUUAAUAAAAUUUCACUACUUUUUAUAUAUGUUGAAUAUUUUAUUCUGUGAUAUCAAAAUAAAUAUUUUCUUGAAAGAUU